CCGCGUUUGACCCGCACACUCACUCCAGUCUGUGGUUUAGUGAGAAGUUUGUGAACUGAUCGUCGACCUUCAUCAGUGUCAGAGGAGAAGAAGAAGAAGAAGAAGAAGAAGAAGAAGAUGCCUCUGGUGCAGUUACAGACGAACUUACCGGCCUCCGUGUUUUCGGAGGAUUUCCUGCUGAAGUUUAGCGGCUGCCUCGCGGCUUCUCUGGGGAAACCUGCCGAUAGGAUGAACUUGGCGGUGACCCCUGCGCUGCCCCUGCUGGUGGCCGGCUCCUGCUCGCCCUGUGUGAUGCUCACCGUCUCUGCCAUCGGUGCGACCGACACCGCCGACAAGAACAAGGAGCACAGCGCCAACAUCUUUGACUUCCUGACCUCACAACUGAGUCUGAGUGAAGACAGGAUCAUCGUCCAGUUUAACGAGCUGCAGCCUCACCAGGUCGGGAAGAAGAGGACAGUGAUGACGUUUUUAUGAAGGACGUUGUUGUCUCUGACGCAGCUCACGUGAAAAACUCACGUCAAACUCACGUCAAACUCAUGUUUAAUCACACGUGGAAGUGAAGUCACUUUAAAGACGCUAACUGUACGAAAUAAUUUAGAGACAACAAAUGAUUGCUGUCAUUAGCUGUCGGGGUUUUUAUAAUAAUAAAAACAAUUGAUUAUAAUAUAGCUGCUUUUUAAGAAUAGUGAAUAAUGAAUGAAUUGUUGCCACAUUCCUGAAACGUCUUCAGUGUUUGACAAAGGUCAAAUAAAUAAAGUCGUUAUAUUUCAAGUCCAAAUAA